AUGGGAUGCUUCAACUCCAAGGCGCACGAGCGGCUCAGUGCUGCGGGCGCCGCCAGCGAAAGCGGCAGCUCUAGCUCUCUAGGACGUGACUCGUACCGCUCUCUGGCAUCGUCGUUCUUCCACGAUGCCGAGUCGAGCAUCGCCUCGGGAUCGCUCGACUGCUUUUUUGACGCCGAUGCGCCAUCAGAUGGGGAGAGCUCCUCGCAGUCGCUUGCGGCGGCCGAUGAGCCCUCUGCGCCGGACGGCCACCACCACCGCCGCCAGCAGCACCAGCACCAGCAUCUCCGCACCUGGCAGGGCCUCAGCACCGACGCGCCGGCGGCAGCGACGGCGGCGCCCGCCGUUUACGAGGCCCCCUCACGCCCGUCGGAAGCCUGGCACGCGGCAGCCGCCAAGCUGGAGGCUGCUGCGGCUGCGGCUGGGGAGACCCUGCCGCAAUAUGUUCUGCGAAGAUACAAACAGGGCGACGCGCCUGUGUGCAAGGCCAUGGGGGAGCUGCUGAUGUGGCGCAAGCUCAGGGGCCUCAGCCUCGACGACCUGGAGCGCGGCCUGGAGCAGGCGGAGGCGGCGCUUGGGCAAAAGCAGCAGCAGCAGCAGCAGCAGCAGCAGCAGCAGCAGCAGCAGCAGCAGCAGCAGCAGCAGCAGCAGCACGGGGAAAAGCCGCGCUCCCCGCGCAGUCGGCGGCCACAGCCCUGGGUACCCCUGGCGGGUGACGCGCUGUCACCCGACUCGCGGCCCGUGGCGAGCGAGGCAGCGGGCUUUGGCGGCUGCGAGCUGUUCAGCGGGGCCCAUCUGAUGGGCCACAUCAGGGCGGUGGAAAUGCUGAAGGCCACCGUUGAGGAGUCCAAGGCAUGGAGGCAGGUCUCUUUUGGGGGCCUGCAGCUCUGGCACCACCACGAUCGGCAGGCGGGGCUGCAGCACAUCAGGGCGCACUGCGUCAUAGAAGAGCCCCUGCUGAACCUGCUGUGCCUGUGCCGCGAGGUCGACCUGGCGCAGACGUGGAACCCCUCACUGGCCUGCAUGCAGACGCUGCUGCACGCGGGUCUGGGUGAGAUCAUCGCGUACCUGGCCCUGUGGGUGCCCUGGCCCUGGCGCGAGCCCGAGGUGCUCAUUCGCGGCUGCGGCAUCGACAUGCUGGCGUUUGAGGGGGCCAUCGCGGUGGCGCUGUCUGACGCGGGGGGCAGCGGCCUGCCGCCCGGCGUCGAGCUGCCAGACGGCGCGGACGCGCGCUCGCGCUACCGCUUCCAGCUGGGCGGGUUCUGGCUGUGCCCAUCAACGACACCAUAA